UCUUCAGUAUUUUGCACGGGGAGAAACUGACAUAGCAAACUCAUCUGUAUGAUCGGGGAGCAGGAGCACACAGUAUGGUCCGGGAAACCAGACAUUUAUGGGUGGGAAAUUUACCCGAAAAUGUACGAGAGGAGAAAAUUAUUGAGCACUUCAAGCGGUAUGGACGAGUGGAGAGUGUCAAGGUCCUGCCCAAGCGGGGUUCGGAAGGUGGAGUCGCAGCCUUUGUGGAUUUUGUGGACAUUAAAAGCGCUCAGAAGGCUCACAAUGCUAUCAACAAGAUGGGGGACAGAGACCUGCGCACUGAUUACAAUGAACCAGGCACAAUUCCUAGUGCGGCCAGGGGGCUGGACGAUAGUCUGUCCUUAGGCUCUCGUGGCCGGGACGUAUCAGGGUUCACAAGGGCGGCGGGGGGGGCCGUGUAUGGCGCCCCCACGUCGCUUCACAGCAGAGAUGGACGCUAUGAACGCAGACUAGACGGGACCGCCGAGAGUCGGGAUCGGGCCUACGACCACGGGGCCUACGGACACCACGAGCGUCCCGGCAGCAGCUUCGACCGGCCGCGGCACUACGACCCGGACUAUUACCGGGACGCCCGGGAGAGGACUCUGAGCGCGGCGGGCAGCGGCUCCGGCUCCUCCGGGGUCAGCGCCGCCGCCGUGCCGUCGGGGGCCGGGACCAUCGCCGGCGCCGCCGUCGGGGCCGCGGGAGCCGGCGGGUCGGCGGGGGCCUCGGCGGGAGGAGGAAGCGGGGGGCCGGCGCCGGGCGCCGUGGGCUUCUACCGCUCCCACAGCCGCAGCCCGUGCCGCUUCGAGGCGCCCGAGCCCCGCUACGAGCCGCGCUCCAGGGAGGCCUUCGCUCUGGCCAGCGUGGUCCACAGGGACCUCUACCGCGAGGACAGGGGCCGGCGCGGGGAGCGCUCCUACCGCCACAGCCGCAGCCGCUCGCCGCACUCCACGCAUUCCAGGAACCCGUCCCCCCAGAGGCUGGCCAGCCAGGCCGCCCGGCCGGCGCGCUCCCACAGCGGCUCCGCCUCCCGCAGCCGCUCCUCCAGCUCCGACUCGGUCAGCAGCACCAGCAGCAGCACCAGCGGCAGUGAUUCUAGCAGCAGCUCAAGUGACGACUCUCCAGCUCGCUCGGUGCAGUCUGCUGCCGUCCCGGCGCCCUCAGCUCUUCCCACAUCGUCCCUCGACAAGGAUGAACCGCGCAAAAGCUUUGGCAUCAAGGUCCAAAAUCUUCCUGUACGCUCCACAGACACAAGUCUAAAGGAUGGUUUGUUUCAUGAAUUCAAAAAACAUGGAAAAGUUACGUCUGUCCAAAUCCACGGGACCUCAGAGGAGCGGUACGGGCUGGUCUUUUUCCGACAGCAGGAGGACCAAGAGAAGGCCCUGGGAGCAUCAAAGGGGAAGCUGUUUUUCGGCAUGCAAAUCGAUGUCACAGCCUGGAAUGGCCCUGAGACGGAAAGCGAGAAUGAAUUUCGACCCUUGGAUGAGAGGAUUGAUGAGUUCCAUCCGAAGGCCACAAGGACGUUAUUCAUCGGAAACUUGGAGAAAACAACCACUUACAAUGACCUGCUGAAUGUCUUUCAGCGCUUUGGUGAAAUAGUGGAUAUCGACAUUAAGAAGGUGAAUGGAGCCCCACAGUAUGCUUUUCUACAAUAUUGCGACAUUGCCAGUGUCUGCAAGGCCAUAAAAAAGAUGGAUGGCGAGUAUCUUGGUAACAACAGACUAAAGCUGGGCUUUGGAAAGAGCAUGCCUACAACCUGCGUUUGGCUGGACGGACUGGCCUCGAACACAACCGAGCAGUUUCUUACUCGCCAUUUCUGCCGCUAUGGACAUGUUGUCAAGGUUGUCUUUGAUAGGAUGAAAGGAAUGGCCCUCAUCCUGUAUAACAACAUUGAAUAUGCACAAGCUGCAGUGGACUUUGCAAAUCAGGAGAGCCAGAUGGCUUUCUACCGCUCGAUGCAGGCAUCUGGGCAGGAUAUCCGAGACUUUUAUGACAUACUCUCUGAAAGAAGGGAUGAUCGGCGAACCCAAUAUGAAUUACAAGCAGAGAGACAAUACUAUGAGAAUGUACGAACACCUGCAACCUACAGUGAGGAUCCCCGACGAAAGUACUCUGCAAGGAGUCGAGAGUUCUACGCCGAGUGGGACCCAUAUCAGGCGGAUUACUAUGAUCCACAGUACUUUGAGGACCCGAGGGAAUACCGGGAAUACAGAGCAGACCCUUAUGAGCAGGACAUUCGCAAAUACAGCUAUUUGCAGCGGGAACGUGAAAGGGAGAGGGAGCGCUUUGAAACCGAUCGUGGGCGCGAUCACGGGCGGAGGACCAUCGAGCGUAGCCAAAGUCCAUCUCACAUAUCCACUCGUCGCCCCGCCAGCCCCACGGCAUCGCCCUCACUCUCUGAGAGGGUACCCAGUGAUUCAGAUCGGCGAAUUUGUUGCCGGUCCUCUGAAAGAAGUGGAAGCUGCAGUUCAAUCUCCCCACCUAGGUUCGAGAAGCUGGAAAAGGCACGAUCUGAAAGAUAUAAUAAGGCUGAAAAAGGGGAGAAGGAUCGGGUUUUUGACAUUGAGAGGGUGAAUCUGGUUGAAAAGGAAAAGAGAACUGGGCGAAAAGAUAGAGGGGAAAAGGACAAAAGCGAAAAGCAGAGGCUCAAGAAGCUUAAAGUCACAUCACCUGUCACCCAGCCAUGUGAGACAGAACCUGAACUUGAAAGAGAUGUUAGCCCUGAGUCUGUUCUGCGGAGCAAGACUACUAAAAUAUCAAAGGAAAGCUCUGGCAAAGGAAGGUUAGACCUGCUCCCUUGUGUGGUGCAGUUAACACGCGUUAAAGAAAAAGAAGGGAAAUUGAUCGGUCAUGCAGUCCAGGAUAAACAAAUACAGAGGGGUGGGAAUGACAGUCCUAGAUUGGCAUCACCUACAGCUGACCAGAGGAGUCCUUCAUUCCGCCCAGAAUCAUUAAAAGGUGACAUCAGCAAGCAUGGGAAAAUGCCCAGAGACAAAAGUCUGCACGGCCUGGUGGAGGUUCCCGACAAGGAAAGCAAAAUCAAAUCCAAAAAACACGGCAAGUCUGAAAUUGGAUUUGAUAGUAUCAUUUCUGUGGAUAUUGACCGUUUAGCUGCAAGAAAAAGGCGUUUCGAAGACUCUGGGAGAAUAGAUCGCCAAAAAAGAUCAAGUGAAGAAGACGCUGGCCGACCUGGACUUUACAAACUAUGGAACAAUGCAAAGGAGCCUGACUUAGAGAAGAACCUUUUGAUACGAGGAAUGCACAAGAAGGAACACCACAAAGAUAAAUGUGUCCGGAUGACGUCAGCCAACAGUCCUAAAGAUGGACGAGACAGUGAAAGCAACGCUGUGGGUCUCCCUAUGGAGGGCCAGUCUCAUCUCGGGGAGCUGCAUGAUGAUUCUGUGGAGAAAAUGGGCUCUCCCUACUUGAAAAUGGAUUUAGAGAGCUCAAAAUGUGAAAACAGUUCAAGCCUCACAAAAAUAUCAGACGAUGGCAGUCUUGAUAUGGAUGAAUUAAAGGAACAUAAACUAGUUUUGUCUGAAAAUGAUCAAGGAAGAGCAAAGUGCAGAGACUCUGAUGGAGAUGAACAUUUUGUGAACAUUGACCAGACUAAUAUUUGCACAAAACGAAUUGAACAGAGUCAAUGGCUGCGAUCCAAACUCUGUGAUCCCGAUAAGUUAACCAAGUUUGAAAGAUCACCGAGCAGCGAGACUUGUGAUUUUGAAAAGAACCUCGUCAUGCAUGACGUUGGGAAAUCAAUUCAGGAUAUUUCCACGGAUGACUUCUCCUUAAGUAAGCGGAAGAAAUUUGGGAAAUUUGACUUUGAAGUACUCAAAGUAAAACGAGAGGGCAACUUUUCCCAAAAGCUGAACGAGGACAUAUACAAUAUGCCGGCCUCUAUAGGAAGCGCGCAGUUUUCUGAAAACGAGGAGGAUGAAACUGCUCAGAUCUCCCUGUCAGUUACAAAAAAAGAAAGGAAAUCACCCCCAGCAACAGAGAAAUUUUCACACACAGAAUCAUUGAAGAACAGUUUGGCCCUGCCGGCCAGACAUUUUCAGUCCUCUGACAACGAGCUCUCAAAGCUUAAAACAUCCUUGCUUGGGUGCGAUGAUGAACUAUUCCAACAUUGGGAAAGACGAAUGAAGUCUGACUCUUUAAGAAUGGAAAUGACAUUCCCAAGUGAUAUUUCUAAACGAGAGAACAUCCGCAAACGCAUCAGCCAAGAUUUGGAACCUGGAGAAGUGCAGUCUGAUUCUGAUGAUGAUGGAGAAAGUAAGCACAUCUCUCCAAAGUCAAGUAGUUCCUUGUCAUAUAUCCUCGGGGAUCGAGAUGAGAGGAUCACAGACCUCAAGCUCUCUGGCUCCUUGGAGAAAAAUAAGUUUUACUCAUUCGCUUUAGAUAAAACAAUAACUCCUGAUACAAAAGCACUCCUGGAAAGAGCCAAAACUUUGUAUUCCUCAAGGGAAGAUAAUUGGUCUUUUCUUCCCUCGCGGUUUCCAGCCUCCCACAGCUGUUCAGAUAAGGACAAGGCAGAGCUGGCACCGCGACCUAUUCCCUCUUGGUAUUUGAAAAAGAAAAAGAUUCGCACUGACUCAAACGACAAACUGCAUAAUAAAAAAGAGGAACUCAAGCCGCAGGACCAAGAGCGCCAGGAGUUAUUUGCCUCUCGGUUCCUGCACAGCUCAAUUUUUGAGCAGGAUUCCCGGCGACUUCAGCGUCUUGAACGAAAAGACAAUGAUUUUGAACAUGGAAGUGGUAGUAGGCCUCUUACCAAGGUAGGUGCCUCUGAGGUGCAUUCUGAAUCUGGAGAGGCAAACGUCACACAAGAGCCUAUAGUUCUUUUCCACAGUAGGUUUUUGGAGCUUCAGCAGCAAAAAGACAAGGAGCCUCCCUUCACUGACUCUGAGAAUGAUUCAGUUGUAAUGGAGAUUAAAAGAGACGAAGGUCAAUCUUCUGAUAAUAUCAUGUCUGAUAAAGAAUCUGAGCCAGCAGGAAAGGUUAACGACAAACCAGCCAGCCCCCAAUUAACCGUGUCAGUUUCACCAUACCUUCCCUCCCCAAAAGAAGCAUCUCCAUCAGAAAAGAAGGAAGUUUUGACUCCUUCCUCUGAUCAGCCUGUGUCAUUUGUCAAAGAGGAAACUGUGGAACCAAUUCUGGAAAUGUCCCCAUCUCAAUCUUUUCCUGCGGAGGACUCGAAAUCAGCAGCUCCUAAACUUAACAUCACACCUACGUUUACGAUUUCAGAACCAGAAACGGAAAUAAAAGUUGAGUUGAUUGAACCCAGAGUGAAAAGUGGUGAUAGUUUGGCAGUGGAACAAAAUCCUGUUGUGGAAGAUAAGCCUCCCACACCUGGUGGUUCCCUAAGUGCCUUUCAGACAAACACUGCAGAAAUCACACUCUCGGAUUGUACAAAAGUUGAAGAGAAACCUGAAAUGAUUAAGGCGGAGUCUGAAAUUGAAAAUCAGGAGAUAAAACACUUUGAGGAAUCUCCGAGCAAAGAGAUAGAAUGUGUGCCGUGUAUGCCGGAGCUGGAAGCUGAAAUGAAACCAUUACCAAACCGCAGACAGCCUAAAGGUAAAAGAGCAAAACCCCUGUCUGUGCUUCGUGCGUCACAACCAAGCCAGAAUGUCAGCGUUGAAAAGCCGGCAACUCGAAAAAGUGAACGCAUUGACAAAGAAAAACUCAAACGGGCCUCGUCUCCUCGAGCAGAGGCGUCUAAAAUAUCUUUUGAGUCUAAAACCACUUCCAAGUCACCAAUACAUGCAUCGGAUUCAGAGCAAAAUCUUGAGUCCAGUUUGAUUCUCGGGAGAACACGGCGGAGGAAUGUGAGGUCGGUCUACGCCACGCUACAUGAAGACGAACAAGCGGGUAAAGACAUGGCGGAGUCGGCACGCUGCACGCGGAAACGUGGCGCUGACAAAGAACCAGUGCCACAAGAUGCACCGAUUCCCACCAAUGCCAGACGAGGACGCCCCCCUAAGAGAGGCCUCAAACGAGCUGAGGAUUUAUCACCUCUAAAAGUAGAGCAAAAGAAAACAGUAGAAGUGGAUACAGAAGUCAAAGAGACAUCCAGCACUGUGGAAGCUGUUAAAGCCUCUGAGGGAUGGCGCUCACCCCGCACACAGAAACCGCAACAAGCACCAUUAACCUCAUCUACUUUGGUCAACAAGAAAGGAAGUAGGAUAGACAAAUCAACUGGGACUAAGUCAGUGUUAGCUGAACAAGCUAAUUCAACAAGUCAUGAUGAGUCAGAGCUUAGUGCUAAAGCUGAUUCUGACCUUUUUGACAAAUUAUUAGAUAAUGCAGACACUGCAAGUUCCCCUGUGCACAGAAAAGAAAAAGAUCCAAAAGAUUCCAUUGGAAAAAAGUCUUCUGACGCUGAUAGUGAAAAAACAGACAGCAGCUCCUCUGAGAAAAAACAGCAGAAUGAAAAGAGUAUUAAAAUGAAAGCCCCGAGGCUGAAACGAACUACAAAGCAACUCACCGAGGACAAAGCACACAGUUUAAAAAAUCUUGAGAUCCGUGUUAGUGUUGAUGAUGUUAAGAGUUUGCUUCGUGCUGAGGACAUUGAACCUGAGACUUUUAAAACUGUUACGACAACAAAAACCAAACCAGGAGUGCAAGAUGGUGAGGGAACACAGGUUUUGGAAUUUCCAAAAGAUUCCAAAGAGUACGUUCCACAGGAGAAAGAGGACACCCUAUCAGAACCUGAACUUCCCGUUGAUCCAGCUGCAGUCCUGUUAGCACAACAGAUGGAGCUAGAGCAGGCAGUGGAAAAUAUUGCCAAACUUACAGCUGACCAACAUUCCCGACAGUAUAAGGAGGCACCCCCAGGACCACCAAACGCAUCUACCCCUGUCAUAGUGGAACCAGAAGGUGAGGUUGAGGAAGAGAAACGAGCAAUUCCUGAAAUUGAAACUGAACUUGCAGCUGCUAUAGACUCCAUUACAGCUGAGGACAUCUGUGGAGAUGGAGAUGGAUUCACAGCUGCUCCUACAUACUCUACUCAUGUUCCCACCCCAGACUCUGUAAUAUCGUCUUCCUCAUCCUCCAAUGAGAUUAUGGAACCUGAGACACAUAUGGUGAUCAAUAAUAUCCUUGCAGGGGACCUUGAUGAUGAUUCUCGGUCACCCAGUCCAAAGGGGUCCGUAGUAGAAUCUAAUGCACCUGAAGAGCCUCUUCUGCUUGAAACACCUAAGAAAACCGGCAAAGUCAGAGCCAAAACCCCUAAAAAGUCAAGAAGUCGUAAAGGUGCAGCUAUCAGAAAAGCGGAUACUGUUGAAGAGGUUUCUCAACUCGAGCCUUCCCCUGUUAAGUUACCCGAGUCAAUCCCAGAUGAUCCAGAAUCCAUUAAUUCAAAAGCAGCUACAGUGACAGCUGGUGACGCUGCUGCAGCUUCUGUUGUCACUGCUGUGGCAACUUGUAGGCGGGAUGUUACAAGUUCUAUAACUGUUGACACACCCAAAGAGGCAGAGCAGCCGGAGGUCGAACAGCCUGUGCCCAAAGAAUCUGCAUUUCAUUCCGACACAGGCAAUAUCUCUGCUUGUAAAAAGCAUCCCCUUUCGCCAGGGCCAUGCACUACUUUCAGCCCUGUGCGCUCUCAGCCACUUACCCAGUUCAGCAUGCCCCUGGUCCGACCUGCCAAAAUGCCUCUUUCACCUGACUGGCCUCAGAGAUCUGAGGAAAGCAGAAUCUAUGUGGCUCCUUCUUGUCAUGUAACAGUGGUAACUCCCUCUGUACCUACAUCAACUGCACUUGGAACCCCUUCAGCAAAUCCCCCAAUGCCUCCUGACACCAAGGCUUCUGAUAUUGACCUUAGUUCCAGUACUUUAAGAAAAAUCCUAAUGGAACCAAAAUAUGUGAUGGCAUCAAACAGCAAUUCUAUACCUACUACUAAAAUCACAGCUGCGCUGUCAGAGCAUUCCCGAAUGUCUGAAAACGUCAGUGAAAAUCUCUCUGACACAGUAGGUUCGAGACAGUUACAUCCUGAAGAAAGGACACCUUUCCCAACCCAGCCCGUACAUCAUAAACCAUCUCCCCUGACAGAGUCCCAGCAGAACUGUGGAGAGAAGAUACAGCAUACAGUUAUCUCUCCUACUACCUCAGUUAUAAGUCGAAUUCCAUUGCCUUAUGACACAGAGGAAACUCCUCGAAUUUCCUUAAGCAACCGAACCCAUGGCUUGCCCAUUCCAAAGCAGAAGUUUAGAUCCAACUCCAAUGAGAAUAGUCGCUGCCUUGGCAUGGAUUUAGUCGAGGAUGGGACUAGAGGGCGCUCGGUUGUUGAGCCCACCCCCUAUCAAACAGGCUCCAGUCCUGGCCUUAGGGUCAAUACAUCAGAGGGGGUUGUUGUUUUGAGCUAUUCUGGUCAGAAAACUGAAGGACCUCACAGAAUGAGAGCCAAGAUUAGUCAGAUUCCUCAAGCUAGUGCCGGCGAUAUUGAGUUCCAGCAGUCUGUGUCAAAAUCUCAGAUAAAGCAAGAUCCACUGAUCACAUCAUCCCAUUCAACUGCUCCAAAAGUUGCUCCAACAUCUGCAAAUUAUGGCCACACAGGAGUGCUUUUGACAAGUCCAUCUUAUAAUUCUCAACCUGUCAUUUCCAGUACCAAGCAGGAGAGCCUUGGGUGUGACAAAUCUGAAGCUCCAUAUCACACAUCAUCUCAGGGCGUAGUGAAGAUGUUCCAACCACCAGUGAGUUCUUCUCAAGUGCUGAUGUACAACCAAGCUGUGAUUCAACAGCAGCAUGGCAAGAGGGGAGUUGUGACAGACCCUCUUCCUAAAAAGAUGGACUUCGGCAAAACGGUUCAGUCCAACCGAAGCCCGAUCAUGAGUCCACACCACCCAUCACUGUCGGGAACCCGUGGAAGUCCGAGCCCUGGCAUGGCAAAUGAGCGCUCAGCUCUACACCUCAAGCAAGAACCACAGUCUCCAAGAACAACUGUCCAAUCACCUUCACCUUUUGUCAAAGCCUGCCCACCAACCAGCUCUCCCAUUGGAACAUCUGUUGUUCUCAGUCAUGGGAUGCCGCCAAUGUCUACGUACCACUCUAGUGUGCAUCAUUCACACUCUGAACAAUCUUCUGUGAUAAUUCAGCCUCACAGUGUCAGUCAGUCAAUGACUCAUGAAACCAGAAUGAAUAACCCACCCAUGUCUGGGAUAAACUAUGGAAGGCGAGGAGAUUCUCUGAGUUCUCCACACCCAGGGCCUCCGCAGCGCUCAAACACGCCACAGCCUAAUGUCAUUAGAGACUUGGUUUUGCAAUCUCAUUCAAAUCCUCCUGGAUCGGUGUCCGGUAUGGGUAGCAACAGUGUAAAUGAAGAAGAGGCCAGACACUUUAACCAAGCUCUUAGUAGACCUUCAGUUUCCCAAUUCCAAUCGGAAGUUAUGAUGGUCCACGGUGAUCAUAGAGGGCUCCAUCCAAGCAUCCGCAUGGAUCAGUACAGAGACAUGCACCAGCGCAUACUCAUGCACCAGCAACUGGGAGAACAGGCCGCUGUGGAAGCAAGGCAAGCCUGCAACUCCGAGACUGGAACAGCUUCUUCAGGCAACAUCUCUGGACCAUCAAAAAGUCCUUUAUUAGGAAAGAACAUUGAUCUUUCAGCAAAAGAACCUUUGAAACCACUCGAAGGAAAACUCUUGCAUCCAACCUCCAGCGAAAGUAGAAUCCGGGGAGUGCAUGCAUCCAGUCCCGUGUUGGUGUCUCCUCACUCUCAUGGUGUCCAGCUGAUGCAUGCUGGAGGGGCCGGCUCCUUUCCGGUAUACCGGGACAUGAGAGGCUUCCCGACGCAGUUUUCUGGACACAACCUGGCUAACCAAGGCAUUGCAUCUUCACAGGCUCCUUCAGAAGCAGAGCUUGGCAACAGAGGAAAAAUGUCUCAGUCACAUGGGGGAGGAAGCGACACCAAACCUGAAAGUUCCCAUCUUCGUCAUGCUGCCUCGUCAGAGAUCUCGCAUAUUUCCAGAAUCCAAAGCGAUACAGUCUCACCUUCAUACCAGUCUCCCUUGAUGUCUCCUAUGGGUCGUACGCACAAGCCAGACCUAACUUUACAGAAAGGCCCCCCAGCCUUCCUCCUCACGCCUCCCCCUUCAGCGCCCUCGUCGAGUUCCCAACAGUCACGGCACGAUAACAAGCUUGAACAUACAGGACAUCGAUCCAUCGACAUGGUGCAGCUUUUGACGAGAUAUCCUAUAGUGUGGCAAGGCCUGCUGGCGCUGAAGAACGACCAGGCUGCUGUCCAGCUGCACUUUGUGUCUGGCAACACCAUGCUGUCCCAGCGCUCCCUGCCGCCUCCGGAGGGAGGUUCUCUUCUUCGUAUUGUUCAGAGAAUGAGACUCGAGGCUUCCCAGUUGGACAGUGUGGCACGCAGAAUGACUGUGGAAAAUGACUACUGUUUGCUCCUGGCCCUUCCUUGUGGACGAGACCAAGAAGAUGUUCUUGGUCAAACCCAAGCCUUGAAAAGUGGCUUCAUCACUUACUUGCAAGCCAAACAGGCAGCUGGCAUCAUAAACGUGCCCAACCCUGGCUCCAAUCAGCCGGCCUAUGUGGUGCAGAUUUUCCCACCGUGUGAAUUCUCGGAGAGCCACCUUUCGCGCCUGGCCCCGGACCUUCUCAACAGCAUCUCCAGCAUUUCUCCUCACCUCAUGAUUCUAAUGGUAAUGUGGACAGUGCUGAAACUUAUGGCCUUCUUUUCUGUGCUUCUGCCUUCAUCUCCUCAUGUGGUCCUGUACUGCCCCCUGCUGUCCGAGAACCAAUCUCCCCCACGUCUGUCAGAGGCGUUGCUCUGGUGCAUCACCUUCACCACCAGGCUCACCAGCACCAGCAGCUCCACACGGCACUGGUGCACGCUUAAAUUCUCCAACAUGGCACCGAAAAACAAGCCGCCGCAUGAAUGCACCUGCUGGAACACAGGCGAGCAU